UCUGCCAACAGAUCUAUCCGGCGCAGUUGUGCUCGCUGCGGCUGGGGGGUUGCGCGCCGGCUCCCGUUGGGUUGCAGCUGUGGUGCCGUGUGGCGGGCUGGUGAACCGAAUCCCUAGCGUGAUGCUGCGGCUGUUGGGGAGGCAGGCGCUGGUGAGGGCGGCGGCGCCCGCGCAGAAUGCCUGCUACGCCACGGCGGCCAUACCCCAGCCGGUCGUGAAGCCCGACAUCCAACACACAGGGAUCUUCAUCAACAAUGAAUGGCACAAGUCGGCCUCGGGACGCACGUUCCCGACCUUUGACCCGCGCACCGGCGAGGUCACCUGCGAGGUGCAGGAGGGCGACAAGGCGGACGUCGAGAAGGCGGUGGCGGCGGCGAACGAGGCAUUCCGCCUGGGCUCCCCCUGGCGGACAAUGGACGCGUCCGAGCGAGGCAGACUGCUGUACCGGCUGGCCGACCUGAUGGAGCGAGACCAGACCUACCUGGCUAGUCUGGAAACGCUGGACAACGGCAAGCCGUACUACAUGUCGUACUUGGGCGACACGGCUCUCAGCAUCAAGCACUACCGCUACUACGCCGGCUGGGCCGACAAGAUCGUCGGCGAGACCAUUCCCGCCGAUGGCAACUCCUUCUGCUACACGCGUCACGAGCCUGUCGGCGUCUGCGCCCAGAUCAUCCCGUGGAACUUCCCUCUGCUGAUGCAGGCGUGGAAGCUGGGACCGGCGCUGGCCGCCGGGAACACGGUGGUGAUGAAGCUGGCCGAGGAGACGCCGCUCACCGGGCUGCACGUGGCCGACCUGUUCCGCGAGGCUGGCUUCCCGCCUGGCGUCGUCAACAUCGUGCCUGGCUACGGGCCCACGGCGGGCGCGGCGCUGGCUUCGCACCUCAACGUCGACAAGGUCGCCUUCACCGGCUCCACCGAGGUGGGUCAGGUGGUCAGCGAGCUGGCCGCCAAGUCCAACUUGAAGCGGGUCACCAUGGAGCUGGGCGGCAAGUCGCCCAACAUCGUCUUCAAGGACGCCGACCUGGAGCAGGCGGUGGAGGGCGGGCACUUCGGCCUCUUCUUCAACAUGGGUCAGUGCUGCUGCGCCGGCUCCCGCAUCUUCGUCCAGGAGGACAUCUACGACGAGUACGUGGAGCGCAGUAUCGAGAAGGCGCGCCAGCGCACCGUCGGCGAUCCGUUCGACCUGAGCACCCUGCAGGGACCCCAGAUCAGUGAGGCUCAGAUGAACAAGAUCAUGGGUCUGGUGGAGACGGGCAAGAAGGAGGGCGCCCACCUGGCGCACGGCGGCGGCAGGCACGGCGACAAGGGCUACUUCGUCCAGCCCACCGUCUUCACCGACGUCAAGGACGACAUGACCAUCGCCAAGGAGGAGAUCUUCGGCCCGGUGCAGCAGAUCAUGAAGUUCUCCACGGUCGAGGAGGUGAUCGAGCGCGCCAACAACUCCAUCUACGGCCUGGCGGCGGGCGUGUUCACGCGCGACCUCAACCUGGCCAACAGGACAGCCCAGGGUCUGCGCAGCGGCACAGUCUGGAUCAACAUGUACAACGACUUCCCGUCGCAGGCGCCGUUCGGCGGCUACAAGAUGUCGGGCCACGGCCGCGAGAAGGGCUCCUACGGCCUGCAGAACUACACGGAGGUCAAGGUGGUCGUCACCGCCAUGCCGCAGAAGAACUCGUGAACUAGACGUUCGCGUGGCUGACAACAGGUGGCGACACCGGGAGCGGGAGAACAGGGGCAUGUGGGCCUCCAAAAGUCUGGAGAGGAUGGGGAGCUUUUUUGUAAUCAAGUAUUCAUUUAACCGCUCAUUUGUGAGUGAUCUGGGCGUCAAGUCUGUCUGGGCGUCAGUCAAGACAAGGGCGUCUGGUCUGUCCCCGGCCGCCAAGCCGCGUGUAAGCUCGGGUGACGGUGGUCCACGGUGUUUUCCAGGGCCAGUUUGUUUCGCUUUCUUAAGGCAUGUACGUUGUUGUACGAUUCAGGGAUAAACGGCGCUCCUUUCGUAA